UAGGUUUAAAUUUAAAUGUAGUCAUAAAUGAUGAAGUUAUUGAGAAUGUUGAAGAAAUAAAAUACUUAGGGUUAAUACUAGACAGAGAAUUGAAAUUUAAUAAGCACAAUGGUUAUAUGUCUAAAAAAAUUGGUAAGAAAAUUGGUUUUAUGAAAAGGGUAUCACUGUUUUUAUCUAUAUCGACUAGACAAACCAUCUAUAAUACACUUAUAUUACCUCUUUUCUAUUACUGUAGUACUAUUAUUUAUACAGGAUGUUCUAGUUUUGAUAGGUUACAAAUCCUUCAGAAUAAGGCAAUGCGGGCAAUUUUGGGAUGUAAUAGUUUUACUAGUUCACACUUAAUGUUGGAAGCUUUAAAUUGGAUAAAAAUUGAACAUCUACUUUAUAUUCAGAUGAUGAUAUUUAUAUAUAAAAUUGUUAACAUGUUACCUAAAUACUUAAACUGUCAGCUUGUACCAGUUGCAAAUAUCCACGGGCGUAACACUAGAACGACAAAUUCUAUAAAUUUUUAUGUGAAUUCAAGUAACAAAACCAGCUCCAUGAAAAGUUUGUUUCAUAAGGGAUAGUUCAGUUUAAUAUUCUGCCUGAUGACGUUAAAGCAAGUUCAAGUGUAAAGGUGUUCAAAAAAAAAGAUGAAGAAUCAUGUCAAGUUUAUAUAAACACAAUUCGUUUUUUAUGUUAUUUCUUGUUUGUUUCGAAACAAUAAUAUUUUAUUUGAUAUUCAAAAACCCACUGAUUUUUCC